AUGCCCCAACGUCUAAAACUCCCUGUGGGCGGCAUAAAGUCCUCGGACAACCACGAAGAUGAUGAUGCAGCUACUGUCAUUGGUGAUGGUGAUCCGGCAGUCAUGAUGUACAUGCCCGAGGAAGGAAGCUUCUACGAUGAAUCGUCUACGCUUUUCGAAGGAUCGUCAGGAUCCAGAGCCUCUAACUUCAAAAAACAGAGACAGGCCAGUGUCAGCACGCCUGCCUUCAAGGCUUCCAUGAAGCAACUCCACUAUAACGAAAACCGUGUAGCGUUAGAUCGCUCCAUCAACCAGACCAUUGAGUUGCUAUACGAAUUGUCUGAUGAGAACAAACAGAGACCGGUGUUUUUUCCUACUGAAAGUACUGAAUCGGAAAACGUUUUGUUGAACUCUCCCAGAGCUCACUUGGCUUUGGUGCGCAGAAACACCGACCUUGCCUCCAAAACGGUGGCCAAAGCCAAGAUGGGAUAUUUGGGCCCAGACGGUGAUGACCGUGAUGAUGACGACGACUUUGGCGUAACCACCGCUGACUUUAAGGUUUUGAAACUCAAUUUGAAGAUGGGUCAUGACAGCAAGGUCAUCUCCUCCUUGGAUAAGAAGUCUGUAUCAGGACUUUUUGAACAGAAGUUGACUCAGCAAGUCAAGUACCUUUUGAAUUUGAAGGAUCGUGUGGACGAUACUUCCUCCAAAGUUUUUGUCACUGGAGAUUUGAACGCAGGAAAGUCCACUUUCUGUAAUGCGUUACUUAAAAGAAAGUUGCUACCUGAAGACCAGCAACCAUGUACAUCGGUGUUCUGUGAAGUUAUCGAUGCUAAGGGAGAAAACAAUGGCAUUGAGGAAGUGCAUGCGGUGACUAUCGGCAGUGACUAUGACCAAAGAGACAAGUCCACUUACGAAACCCACUCCCUUAAAGAGCUUGAGGAUUUAGUCUACGAAUGUGACAAGUACAGUCUCUUGAAAGUGUACGUGUUGGAAUACAGAACGGCUGAUGAGAGCUUGUUGGGCAAUGGUGUCAUUGACAUCAAGUUGAUCGAUGCUCCGGGCUUGAACAUGGACUCUUACCAGACUACUCAAGUGUUUUCAAGACAAGAGGAGAUUGACUUGGUAGUAUUUGUUGUCAACUCAGAGAACCAUUUUACUUUGUCUGCCAAAGAGUUCAUUGCUGCUGCGGCAGCUGAAAAGCGUUAUGUCUUCAUUGUUGUCAACAAGUUUGACAAUAUUCGUGACAAGAAUAAGUGCAUGAACAAGAUCUUGGAUCAGGUUAAGAGCUUGUCUCCAGACACCUACAAGGAUGCAAAGGACUUUGUGCACUUUGUGAGCUCGUCGGAUGCAUUAUCCGAAUUUCCCGACGGUGGAGACGGUCCAGGUGAUGAUGAUGGCCCAGGUGAUAACGAGCCUCAUUAUGCGGACCCCAAUUUUGAUAACUUGGAAGCUUCGCUCCGGAAGUUCAUUCUUGAUAAAAGAUCCAUUUCCAAGCUCCUUCCUGCAAAGAAUUAUCUUUUGAACUUGUUGGGAGACUUGAAAACGUUGUCUGAGAUCAAUGAGAAGAUUUAUCUCAAGGAAGCAGAAAGUAAAAAUAAAACCUUGAAAGACACCAUCACUCCAAAGUAUGAUCUGAUGGUUCAAAACUCUCUUCGUGUUAAUGAUAAUAUCAACAAAUUGAUGGAGAAAACAUGCUCCCAAGUCUAUGAUGCUACGAGAAGGGAGAUUUUGAGUACGGUUGAGAAUUUCGGAUCCUCUCAAAUUGUUCCUUACCUGGGAUUCCAAUACGCAUAUGAGUAUGCCAAGGAAACUCAGAGACGAAUGAUUGAAACCAUUAUGUCUUCCGUUCAAAAGAGUGAAGAGAAUGCCCGUGUUGUUACGGGUAACACAGUGCAAGAGAUCAUUACCUUUGGACAGCUGACAUUGGGAGAUGAAUUCCUAGCGGACAAAAAGUUCAAGUCUGACUUGAUGUUCACAAGACGUCGUGAUACAAUUAAAAAACAAUUGAACGAUCUGAUCGAAGUUACCGACUUCUUUGAUCCAUCUAUUGAUUCUGUUUUGAUGUGGUUGGGUGUUCCUCAGGAAUUUAUUUCUUCCUCGAGGGAGCUGGUCCAGUACUUUUCUCCGGUCCUGGUUCUCUCUUCUGUCCCAACUUCAGUCGCUUCUCUCAAGAGACUGUUGCCUACUCAACUCACUUUGCACACACUUUAUUCAUCCACGAAGUUGAUCACCACUGGUGCGUUGAUUCGCAAGGCUUAUACAUUCUCUAGUGUUCUCAAGCCUUCUGUGAUCAAACACACCGUUGUCCCAAUUCUUCUUGGUGUUGGAGGAUUUGCUAUCUUCUACCUCAUCAAUGAUAUUCCAAAUGCCUACCCUAGAAAGCAGGCUAGAAGGUUGAAAAAGCAGGUUAUCGAAUUGGAUUAUGCCCAUGUGAAUGCAGACCGUAUCUCUAAAGAGUGCAGACUGGUUUUGAACUUCCCUGCAAGACAGGUGAUGAACAACUUCCAAACUAGCAUUGACAAGAGAAGCGGCGAGAAGGAAAAGCUAGAGAAAGAGAUCAAGAAUGCAGAAAUUAGUAGUGGCUACUUUCUGCAAAUGUUGGCCAAGGUUAGCAACCAACAGAACGCAGUGGAAAAUAUCGAUUUGGAAAGCAUCUACGUUGUGGAUUAA